GCAGCAGCAACCGCAGCCAGCAGCAGCCAACAUAAGCUAUCUUAACACACACACACACGCGCACGCUCUUGCCUAUAAAUUGACGCAUACAAAAGGACUCAUCAGGAUCAACACUCAAAGGACUCCCGCUAGCAUUCGCAAAUCUUUGGCCUAGCCAUGGGCAGCGGACAUUAUUUCUUGGUGAUAUUCUACUUUGCCAGUCUGUGCAGUGCUUCACUAGCAAAUAAUGCCAAAAUAAAUUUCCGAGAAAAGGAGAAAAAAGUGUUAGAUCAAAUUUUAGGUGCAGGCAAAUACGAUGCCAGAAUACGACCAUCGGGAAUCAAUGGCACAGCUAAUAUGGCAACAAUUGUGCAAGUCAACAUGUUUCUGCGCUCGAUAUCAAAAAUCGAUGACUAUAAAAUGGAGUACAGCGUACAGUUAACCUUUCGUGAGCAAUGGACGGAUGAACGUCUCAAAUUCGAUGACAUACAGGGUCGCUUAAAAUAUCUUACAUUGACGGAGGCAAAUCGUGUCUGGAUGCCCGAUUUGUUCUUCUCCAACGAGAAGGAGGGCCAUUUCCAUAAUAUCAUCAUGCCCAAUGUGUAUAUACGUAUUUUUCCAAAUGGUUCAGUGCUUUAUAGUAUACGUAUAUCCCUGACAUUGGCAUGUCCAAUGAAUCUGAAACUUUAUCCACUGGAUAGACAAAUCUGUUCACUACGCAUGGCGAGUUAUGGCUGGACGACCAACGAUUUGGUUUUCCUUUGGAAAGAAGGCGACCCAGUUCAAGUGGUUAAGAACUUACACCUACCUCGCUUUACACUGGAGAAGUUUCUGACUGAUUACUGUAACAGUAAAACCAAUACGGGUGAAUACAGUUGCCUCAAAGUCGAUCUACUAUUCAAGCGAGAAUUCUCAUAUUACUUAAUACAAAUUUAUAUACCUUGCUGUAUGUUGGUCAUUGUAUCAUGGGUAUCAUUCUGGCUGGAUCAAGGCGCAGUGCCAGCUCGCGUAUCAUUGGGUGUCACCACUCUGCUGACAAUGGCUACCCAAACAUCGGGCAUUAAUGCCUCACUGCCACCCGUAUCGUAUACGAAGGCAAUUGAUGUCUGGACCGGCGUCUGUUUGACGUUUGUCUUUGGCGCAUUGCUCGAAUUCGCCCUGGUGAACUAUGCCUCCCGUUCAGGUUUGAAUAAAGCUAACAUGCAUAAGGAGAACAUGAAAAAGAAACGUCGUGAUUUGGAGCAGGCCAGCUUAGAUGCUGCAUCAGAUCUGCUCGAUACAGAUAGCAAUGCAACAUUCGCAAUGAAACCGCUGGUCCGUCAUCCUGGCGAUCCUUUGGCAUUGGAGAAGCGAUUACAGUGCGAGGUUCAUAUGCAGGCACCGAAACGUCCAAACUGCUGCAAAACCUGGCUAUCGAAAUUCCCAACAAGACAAUGUUCUAGAUCAAAGAGGAUUGACGUUAUAUCCCGCAUCACCUUCCCGCUGGUCUUUGCGCUCUUCAAUCUGGUCUACUGGAGUACAUAUCUCUUCAGAGAGGAGGAGGAUGAGUAAAUGCCGAUUUUUACUACAAAAUACUUUAAUUUACUUUACCUUUACUUUACUCAAUCUAACUGAUAUAUAAUUAGAAAAACAGCCAAAAAGUUGGCAAAACAAAAACAAAAUAUGGAUGCAAAUCGAAUUGUACUAAUCAAAUUUUUCGAUUUUUUUUUCUUAUUUCCUUUUCAUUAUCCUUUACUUGCAUUGAUUUAUCCUUCUUCUAUGUACAUCUUCUUCUACCACUUCCUUGCUUCGUUCGGUUCCAUCAUGUUUCUUAAAAAAAAAAAACUUGUGUUUUUUUUUUUGGCGUAUGGCUUGGUUGGCUUGAUUUUCGAAAAACAAAAACGAACAAAAAAUAUAUA